AUGCUCGGCGCUCUCCCCUCUCUCCUCUAUCGCUGGAGAGAAAUCGGGGACUUGGUGUUCGCCCUGAUACUGCUAGUGGUCACUUCUUGCUUGUGGAUUCAUCGGCGGAGAUUUGAUUGGGGAUCCAUAAAUAAGGAUCCUCGUCAAUUCAGUGGAGGUGAUGGUAAAGCCGUUCGGCCUCCGUCGAGCCAGCAUGCUUGUAAAAAACAGGGGGUGGGUGAAGGAGUUCUUUCCCCCUCCCUUCGAGUCUCUAACCUCGUCGGAGAAAGGUUGGUUGACGUAUUUUGUGCGGUCCUCAUGUUCUGUGUGCGGAAUCAAAAUCGAUGGCGCGAGGAACGGGCUGAGAAUCGCUCAAAAUUGGCGGAUUGUCCGCCGCAGAAUAAAUUGCAUUCGGGGAAGAUGGAUCAUUUACCUCCCCCAUGCCGGAAUUGGGCUCGAAGUCGUGCCCGUGUCCGGCAAUUUGGCCCUGGUGCCAGUUUUCAAUGCCGUCCCAAAGUAAGGAAUGGCAAACGAAGCCUAGAUGCUACUCAAGAAACAAUUAAGGAUUAUAUCGAAGUGAUGGUUAAACGGAGACGCCGGAUGAAAGGUAGUGGAUGGCGAUUCUCUCUCCCUAAUUUGUGCGAGAUUGAUUACAGAAAUAUGGAGAUAGAGGCCGGUACGCUGCUGCCGUGGACUCGCGAUGGGUCGAGCAUGGUUACGGCUGAGAAACGCCAGGUUCGGAUCUCUGUUCCGGGUCGAGAUCCCUCGACCGGUGAUCGGCAGCAGCGUCCGCCGGUGGUUUUCUGCCGUGGGUCUGUUGGGAACGUAUUUCCCUCAGAUACCAAUCCCGUUAUUCUCGGGCCUCCUUGUAUCCUUCCUGAUCGGUUGGUUACGCGUGAUAAGAGUCCCAAAUCAGAAUUUAAUCUAAAAAACCUAAUUCAAGUCGGAGUGGGACACUCGGGAAGUGCCUGGUCUAAGGCCUUUAAAAACCCCUUCCAAUGA